AUGGGUCGGGGGACCGCGUCGCCGCCGGACUGUUUCGGAGCCUUGAGUAUUGAGAAGAUCGAAACGCCUUCCUUCGUCUUCCCGUUGCGCAAGCUACCGCCGCGCACGCUCAAGGCGCUGGUCUUGGCCUGUGGCGGUGGGCCGCUGCCGCAGACGCAGCUGGGUGCGCCACUCCCACAGUCACAGCCCUACGCCCAGGCCCCCUACGCCCCCUACGCCCACUCCCACGGCCUUUCCGGCCUUUCGUGGGGGGCCGUGGGGAAAGGUGGGUGGUGGGGUGGGGGGGUUGGGUGGGAAGGUGAUGGACGGAGGUUCCCGAACUCCGUGCUGAACGAUCCGAACUCACUGUUCGCGCUCUUGGGCCCCACGCGGCUGGCCGGGGCGUCCUCGGACCUGGAGGGACUCCUCCUGACGCCCCAGGAGUAUGUCCUCACGACCUUCGUGUACUACCUGGUGGCAGAGCCGCCUCCACCAUCCAAGGCCUCCGGCACUGGCAGCUCCAGUUCCACAAACCCGAGCUCCUCUGGGACUACGAACCCAGGGUCACAGGGCCAGGGCUCCAUGGUCGGUACCUGGGGUGGGUCCUCGCGGUCGAGCCGGCAGUUGGGGGCCCUCAGCUCCACAUACGACAGGCUCUUGCUCGCGCACAUGCAGACGCAUCUGCCCCACCGGCAGUAUGAGGCUCGCGCGCAGGAGUCCCGGGCCUCCCUGUUCUUCACCCGGCUGCUGCAUGAGUUUCUCUUCGCACAGCUGCCGUUCGGAGCAGGUAGCUUCGGGACCUGCACCUCAGACGUGCGGCUGCAGCCCGCGGCCCUUCACGCGAGUCGGUUGGUGGUGCUCCACCUACUGGCCAAUCCCUGCCUCCGCCAAGGGUGUGAGGAGACGGCAGACAGGAUGAUGAUGGACGCCAGAAAUCAGUUCGGGCCACAGCGCAUGCAGUACAUGUGGGUGGCCCGCAUCACGCGGGAGAUGAGCCUACUGGGCCCCGCGGCAAUCCAGAUGAUCGCGGAGCUGCUUACGAAGCUGCAGUCUCAGAAAGAGGUGGGCCUGGAAGCGGUCACCUCACUGACUCGCCUCUGGCUUGUCUUCCUGCAGCCUUGGAAAGCUCCGCGGCUCUAUGAGUGGUACCUCUCACUGCGGCCCACGACGCCCCGCUUGGAGCCGGCGCAGCCGUCGGCUGCGAAGACGUCGAGACCGGUUGACGUCGCACUGCUGGGAAUGGAGCCGGAGACCACGGGCGAGCCACCUGUACCGUUGGUUCCCAAGGAGGCCCUCGAGGACGUGGACGUGCAGAGCACGGUCAGUGCCGGCACGCGGCUGGCAGCUGCGGCUGGGUUGACAUCCGCCGGCUUAUCGCUUGCGGCCUCGGCGGCUGCCACUUCCCACUUGGUGCCAGGCGCAGGGGACCCAUCCUCCUGGCAGAACUACGUCCGGGGCUUUCAGGGAGCCUACCUCUUGCUGGAGGCCAUUCUCUCCACACCCUUGCACGCGGAGCUCUGCUUGGAGCUGGUGCGGCACGGGGCGGGGUGGGACCGCAACGACAGCAUCUUCGCGAACGUGGGGCUAACGGCCGCCAGGCCCUCGCCCACAGGGAACUGGGGCAAUACGCCCCCGCCUACGGCGGCGCACCUCCUGAGGCAGCGCCAUGCCAUCCAGGCACUGAAAGCUUUGGGCCAAGCUCUCCUUUGCUUUGACGGCCAGCUUCUGCAAAUACUGCAGGGCCUGCCUCCGGACUGCGGACAGUGGCUUGCGGAGCGCGGCUUUCUACUCGACGCCCCGAUGCUUCCGCUCUUCGAGGGCAGCAGCAUACGGCCGCAGCUGAUGCGGGCUGUGUCCAUCACCUGGGCCGCACUGCUUUCAGCUGCCAGUGUCGUCGAGCUCCAACCGCUCUUGGCAGCGGUAUCGCGCCAGCUGCAGCACUCCUCGCUGUGGGUCGCAGGGAAUUUUCCAGCCCUGGAGGACACAAAUAAGCACCGGCCCUUUGCGCAGACCGUGCUUCAGGAGUUGGGCCAAGGCCGAGGCUCCGCAGCUACCAGCUCGCCGUCGGCUCCGCCGGCCCAGAACCCGCCCCAGCUGACCCAAAGCCUGCCCGCCGUGGAGUUCACGGGCUCCGAGUGGCAGAGGCCUGUCCGAGGAGGUGAGUUCGAGCCUUUGCUUUGCCUCGCGUACUGGCUGGCCAAUGCGAUCGACCGGGGCCUGGGCAGAUCUCCACUCCUCACGGGCUGUGGGCCCGUGCCACAGACAGAGUGGCCCCGGAUGUUUGCCAACUGGAAGCUGACGCUCUUCGUGAACCUCCUCCUCUUUCUGGCGGUUUGGUUGUGA